GGGAUACGAGGCUAAAUGCAGCAGCCCUCCCAUUUGUGUGUCGUGAACGAAAGCGCUCCCAAAAUAUUGUGCACCCUCGAUUUUUGAAUUGAAGAUAAAUAACACAAAAGGGUUUUGUUGUGUUGUGUCGUGUGGAUGUUGAGAAAUGGGGAGAGCCUUUGUGUACGUGAUUCUUGGAGGAGGCGUGGCUGCUGGCUAUGCUGCCCUUGAAUUCGUCAAAAAAGGGGUCUCUCACGGUGAACUAUGUAUUAUUUCCGAUGAACCAGUUGCUCCUUAUGAAAGGCCUGCUUUAAGCAAAGGAUUUUUGCUUCCAGAAGCUGCUGCACGGCUUCCAUCCUUUCAUACCUGUGUUGGUGCAAAUGAGGAAAGACUAACUCCAAAAUGGUAUAAAGAACAUGGGAUUGAAUUAGUUCUUGGAACUGGGGUUAAGUCUGCGGAUGUGAAACGUAAGACCCUAUUAACAGCAACGGGAGAGACAAUAAGUUACAAGAUUCUUAUUGUUGCUACUGGUGCUCGGGCUUUGAAGCUGGAAGAAUUUGGGGUGAGUGGAUCAGAUGCAGAAAAUGUCUGUUAUUUAAGAGAUAUAGCAGAUGCAGAUAGGCUUGUCAAUGUUAUGCAAUCUUGUCCUGGAGGAAAUGCUGUUGUCAUCGGAGGUGGAUACAUAGGCAUGGAGUGUGCGGCGUCUUUAGUUAUCAAUAAAAUAAAUGUAACAAUGGUCUUCCCAGAAGCACAUUGCAUGGCUCGUUUAUUUACCCCAAAGAUUGCUAAUUACUAUGAAGAAUAUUAUAAAUCAAGAGGAGUAAACUUCAUUAAGGGAACUGUGCUGUCAUCAUUUGAUUUUGACUCCAAUGGGAAGGUUACAGCUGUUAAUCUUAGAGAUGGAAGGAAGCUAUCUGUUGACAUGGUUGUGGUGGGAAUUGGAAUACGUCCAAAUACAGGUCUGUUUGAAGGCCAGCUUACUUUGGAAAAAGGAGGAAUCAAAGUAAAUGGAAUGUUGCAGUCGAGUAACAGCUCAGUUUAUGCAAUUGGAGAUGUUGCAGCCUUUCUAGUCAAAGCGUUUGGGGAAACACGUAGACUUGAGCAUGUUGAUUCAGCACGGAAAUGUGCAAAACAUGCUGUUGCUGCCAUAAUGGAACCAGAAAAAACAGGAGAAUUUGAUUAUCUUCCUUUUUUCUACUCCAGAGUCUUUACAUUGUCUUGGCAAUUUUAUGGGGAUAAUGUUGGGGAUGUUGUCUAUUAUGGAGAUAUGUCGGGUAGUGCAUUUGGAGCAUACUGGGUAAGCAAGGGUCAUCUUGUUGGCACUUUCCUUGAAGGUGGAACAAAAGAAGAGUAUGAAGCCGUAGCCAAGGCCACUAGGCUAAGGCCGGAAAUCGAAGACUUGACUGAACUGGAGAGACAGGGUCUGAGGUAUGCAGUUUCUGUUAGCCAAAAACCGGUCGCAUCCCCACAAGUUGAGGUUAGGGCCUCAGACCUAGUUUUGGAGAAACCAUUAUAUGCUUGGCAUGCUACAGCCGGGGUUAUUUUUGCUGCAUCAAUAGCUGCAUUUGCUUAUUUUUAUGCAAAAAGGCGCCGCAGAUGGUGAAAUUUCUGAGAUAACCAAUUCAAUGUUGAGGGUAUCGACAGAUUUUAGUCAAAGAUGCAAGCUGUAACAUUGAUAAAGCCUAGGACUAGGAUAUCUUGACAUGUUAUUGUAUCUGAUCCAAUUUACUGUAUUAAAAUUCUUCACUUCUAUUGUUCAUACAGGGUUGUUGUACUAAAAAAACAAACAAAAUAUGAUGGUCAUCGUUUGUGAGAUAUUCCCAUAAUAGAAUUGCAUGUAUUGUCCAGUAUUUUAUUUUUUUCAAACAGGUAAACCGUCUUUCC